UCCUGGGGCGGCUGCAAGAGAAAAGAUAAUCGAAUCUCCCAUAUGAGCAACUAUCUGGCAAAUUAUUACACUGCCCCAGCCGUCGGACUGUCGCCGAGGUCGAACUUGCGAUAAAAAAGGAGUUUGACAUGGUGUCACUGCCAAUGCACCUUUGCAUUCGGGUCAGAUGCGACAGAAAACGGAAAGGACAACUUUAAAACCCGGACUGUUAGCCCAAAUGCUUAGUCGUCUAGCUGGAUGCCAUGAAGAAUCAUCCGCGGGUGCACGCAUGAAAUAAGCAGCUAGGCUGCUAGCCAAGGAAUCGCAGUCUGAAUUAGCUAACGGAAAUGUGGUCCGUUUGCAUAAGGAAAUGGUAGCUAUGAUGACUAGGGCCCUGGAUAUGAUACAACUAGCUAGCUAGCUACAUAUAUGACAGGCUGUAGCUAACGUUACUGUCUAUUCAUAUUUUAAGUAGUUGGCUGGUUACUAUCAUUUGCUGGCUACAUCUGCCGGCAUUUUCACGGCGGCUCGACUAUAAGUUGGAUUUAGGGUAACGGUAGGUAGCUAACAGCAAGGUAGCCGUACCGUAAGAUAUAUUUUUUUAUUGACGGCACUGGGUCAUUUUGUAUGCAAACGGGAAAUUAACCAUUCCAGAUUAGCUACAAUCGAGAAAGGGAGUUCUUUGUCAUGGGAGCCGUUUGGAAGCGAAUGGACAACAUGCGGAGGAAAGUGUGAAAGCUUGAUUCGCCGUUAUUCCAGUCGCACCACGAGCAUCGGCUCUCAUUUCCUCGCCGUUUCCCGGUUAUCGCCGCUCCCACCAUGGGCGCAGCCCCUGCUGCAUAGCGCCGGGCCAGGAGACACGGUGUAUGCGCCCGGGACCUCCUCGCCUUGGACGGUAAUGCGAGGCUUGGAAGAGACUCGAUUUGAACCCGGCGUCGGCCUCCGUGCGUGAUAUUUAACGGCUCUGCACAGACUGCAAUAUUCAGGCGGGGAGACUUCGGGCGACACAGCAUGGCUCAGAUUUUCGAAGAAGCCCGGAAGGUGGGCUGGAUUCUGCUCCGGGCCCUGAUACGCUUCGCCUUCAUGUUCAUAAAUAACUGUGUAGCCAUACCUUCAUACUGCCUGUACCUGCUGGUCCUGCAGCCGCUACGGCUAAUGGACAGCCGCGCUUUCUGGCAGAUCGAGGGGGUCAUGUUUAAGUGGAUGCUGGCCAUGGUUUCGUCCUGGGGAUGGAUCGCCGGUUAUACAGUGACUGAGUGGGGAGAUGACGUGAGGCCCAUCUCGGAGGAGGAGGCGAUGGUGCUGGUGAACCACCAGGCGACGGGUGACGUGUGCACGCUCAUGAUGUGUCUGCAGAACAAGGGCACGGUGGUGAGGAAGAUGAUGUGGCUGAUGGACCACGUGUUUAAGUACACAAACUUUGGCCUGGUCUCCCUCAUACACGGUGACUUCUUCAUCAGACAGGGUAAGGCUCACAGGGACCAGCAGCUGGUGAUCCUGAAGGAGCACCUGGAGAAGCGCUACUACAGCCGGGACAGGAAGUGGGUGGUGCUGUUCCCCGAGGGCGGCUUCCUGCGCAAGCGUCGCGACACGAGCCAGACCUUCGCCAAGAAGAACAGCCUCCCGCACCUAUCCCACGUCACCCUGCCCCGCCUGGGAGCCACGCAGGUCAUCCUCAAAACGCUCGGGCCCCAGCAGGAGAACGGGUCGCUGGGGGUCGGCGACACGGAGCCCACAGUGCGGAAGCCACGGGGGCUGCAGUGGGUGGUGGACAUCACCAUUGCGUACCCUAACGCCCGGCCCAUGGACAUCCAGACCUGGAUCUUUGGGUACAGAGACCCUACAGUCACGCACGUGCACUACAGGGUCUACCCCAUUAAAGACGUUCCCAUGGAAACAGAACUCCUCACAGACUGGCUGUACCAGAGGUUCGUGGAGAAGGAGGACCUCCUGGCACACUUCUACCAGACAGGUGCUUUCCCUCCGCCUAAGGGUCAGAAGCAGGCCGUUUCUAAGGAGAUGACCCUUGACCCCGUGUGGCUGUGUGUGAUCCAGUCGCUGGCGUUUGCGUCGGGCUACAUGUGGUACAGUGUGCUUCAGUACUUCUACUGCUGCCUGUUCUGAUUGGCCAGCUCCGCCCCCGGUCACUCUGCUAACCAAUCACCAUCCUCCUGAGGUUUGAAUGUAAAUUAGCCACGCCCAGGGAGGCGCCACCAAACGGAACAAUUCUGUGCGGAAUUUCCUCCGAGCGCCCGUACGCAACGCACACACACCCAAACACACACACACACACACACACACCCAAACACACACAGACAUAUACACACACUCACCCAAACAGACAUAUACACACACACAUACACACACACACACACACACACGUAGACAAGCAAACAUGCCCACGCACACUUUGACACAAGCAUACGCACACAAACGUAGACAUACACACACACACUCUCUCUCACACACACACACACACACACACACACACUACUAAACUCAAAGGCUCAGGGUUAACCUGGAGAAGGAUGUGGAUACUGAAGCCCCGCCCCCUGUAGGACGAUGUGAGAGGAGGCCCCGCCUUCCUCCCAGGCCCUGCCCACUUCCUGCCCCUCCCCUCCGCAGCUCGCCCUGGGACAGGGGGCAUUCUGGGACACCUGGACCUCCACGACCCCUCCCCUCACCUGGGUCAGCCUCAUCCUCCCCGCCCCUCCCUCCUCGAUUGCACUAUAGAUCCGUACUGCCCCCCCCAGCCCUCCUCCAAAACCCAGCGUCUUUUAAAACAACACGCACUGCAAUACGAUUUUAUUUUCUGUCUUUAUGGAUUAUUGUUGUUGUUGCGCGUCUUAUUUUUUAUUUUUUAAACGUUUAUUUUAGACCGUACCCCUGCAAAUUGCCUCAGGUGUACGGUGUCCCCCCUGUUUACACUGGUCAGCCAUUUUAAGACUAACCUGGGGAGGUCAGGGAGGGGGCUGGAACGGACCCCCCCCAGACGCACUGAUGAAGGAGCGCUGAUGGUGUGUAGCCCCCCCUCAACCCCCCCCGCCGCCGGGACCUGUUCUCCUGCCACUCUGCUUCAAACUACAUUUUAAAAAAACUACAAAAAAAAUAAAUGUAAAAAAAAAAAAGAAAAGAAAAAGACAAAAAAAGACUUUUCGACACCUCCCCCCGUCAGCCAACAAAGACAUUGGCGGUCACUGAUUUUAACAAAAAAAACAAAAAAUUGAUGGGAUAACAGAAAUGGCUGUUUAUGCCAAGCCGCGGCAGACUGCUGUGCUCACUAAUGUGUAAGCCAUACACACUUACAGUCCGUGGAACUGCGAUCGACGACCAAAAAAAGAGAAUGGACUUUUUAAAAAUGAAACUACCAAAACCGCGCGUUUAAAAAAACUAGGUUUUUUUUCCCCCCUGUACCCUUUGCUUUCCUGCAUUGUUAAACCCAGAUUUCGCAGACAGGACUUUGUAGGUGUUCUUACUGUAAAUUUUAACAGCAUAACCUGCCUAUGUGAGUGUGUGAGAUUCCUGUUCUUUUUGUUUUGAUUUCGUUUGUUUAUUUUAUUUCCCCGUGUAAUCAUUGCAGUUCGCUAAGUGAAGUCCCGAUUACUGAUGAAUGCACAGUUGGCUGUCAGAUAUUUCUUCUUCUUUUGAAAUUACUUGAAAUGUUGUCCGAGUCCUGAUAUGUUCAAUCUUGUACAAAGAGCCAGGCAGGAAAUCCAUGUUUAUUUGACUAGAACCGUCGUUUUAUGUCUAAUGCUUCUGUUUUAGUUUGAAAUACCAUGAAUGUUUAAAAGGUGUAGACCUGUCAUAACUAAGUGGGUUUUUUUGUUGUUUUUUUUAAUAUAAUUUUUCUCAGACAGUCUUGACGGUUUCAGCAGCUCCGUAUCUUUCCACAAUUUGCUUCCACGAACGCGUGCCAUGUACAAUAAUGGUGGCGUUUUACCGAUAGCAAAAAAAAUUUAACCCGCAAGAAAUGUAAUGCGUGAACCAGUAAUGUUUGUGAUUCGUGUUCUGUCCGUUUACAUGCCUACAUUUUAAAAAAGUGACCCAAAUAUCAAAGAAUAUGUUAGAACAUGUUAGGGAAUGAUUAUCCUUAAUCAGUAAAACCGUCGCUUGCCCUGGUGAACAACAAAAUUGUUGUUAAAAUAUGUAUGGAAAGGUUUUUUUUUUUUUUUUUUACCUCUAGGAAUUCAACUUAUAGGAAUUGUCAACGUAGUCCGUUUAAAACCGUAAUGUACGGUUGCGAUGCGCAAAUCACCUGGUGUGUAAGCUGCCAUUUUAGAUGAGCACCUGACCGUAAAGAUGCCAAGCAGUUUGAAAGCAGUGCAUUGUGGGUCCGUUUACAACAUUAAUGGCAGUUCAUGUCAAAAAUUCCGUUGGGAGUUUGCGAAACACGCAAGUCUCUUUUUCAGAUAAAUGGACAGUGAUUAUGGCCCUUGUUGUCUGGACACAUGGCUGUAGACAAAUUAGGAGUCUUAAAGUAUAUCAGAGUUGUGGAUAAUCGUUUUUUGCUAUCUAGCUUGUCAUUUUAGGAGACGUUUCGUGGCUGGAUAUAAACAAAAUAUUUGACAAAUCUCCUCGAGGGUUGUAGCUAAUACACGUCCUUUCAGUUCGGGUGAAAUGAAGGGAAAUGUUAACUUACAUUGACUUAUUGAAAACCACUUAACUAUUUCAUUUUCGCAUUUUAACAGUAUUGAAUGGUGUCGUUCGGCCACUCCCGUCCGUAUCAUUUCCUUGUCAGUGGUGUCAGGUCAGUGAAUUCCGUUUGAAUUAGUUUCGUAACCCAAGCUGGGCAAAACAUUGAAGGGGGCGACCAACAGCAUUAAAGAGGUAGUAAAUUGCCCGUGAUGACAUUGGAAAUGUCCUCGUCUCAGAGUUCUGUAAGACCAAUAAGGUGUAGUUUUCGCAUUCGCAGCUCGCUGAAAUGUUUACUUGUUUCGCCGGAAAUUGCUGUUUUGCACUGUCCACUAAGAACCAGAAACGAGCCACCGUGGCGCAAACGGAGAAUUGGCUCGCAGUGUGGUGUGAUUUAGCCGAUAAGCUAACCCCAGUUUACGCUCUUCGUGCUCAGACCCUGGUUUAUAAGUACAUGUCGUUCGUUAUAAAUGGAGAGUUCGUUGCCACAAAGACCCCAACCGUUUGGCCUCGCAUCUCCUCAGCCAUAAUCAAUUGCAUUGGUUUGAUUUAUGCAGGAAAGCCCAUUUCCACAGUAGCCUCCCUUGUGGGCUGACGAAGUUGUUUUUGUUUAGUGUUUUAUAAGCUGGAAGAAUGAUUCUGACCUGUUAGUUCGGGUGGGGUGGGGUCUGAAGGGAAUGGUCUAGUCUGACAAAUGAUGUUGACGUCGCAGCCACUUAAGUGGUUCGUUUGCGUUAGUUUUCAUGUGAUUCUGAUGGAAUUCAUGUCAUUUGUUUUUUUUUUGGUUGUUUUUUUCAUUUUUUCAUUUUUUUGUGCAAAUAAAGGAAGUCUCGUCCAACUCCCCAGUGAAAGCCGUGGUUUGAAUCGUUGUCUCGUAUGGGCUUGGCUGCUUUGACGGCUGAAUACAAGCUGUCAGCUGAACCCGUUUGCGUUUUGUGGGCUGGUUUUUGAAGGUGAUGGUUGGACCAGGACACUUGACCAACGUCUCUGUGGAUUUAAGAGGCACAGAGGAGACCCACAGCUCCAGGCAGGACACCCAAAAUGUCCUGGGAGAAAGCUUUCACCAGUCUGUCUCAUGGCUAUUGUGCUCAUCUUGGAAAACCGACUGUUUAUCAACCAUAGUCAUUGGAAAUAGUGUUAAUGUUUUUGUUUAGUUUAAAAAAAAAAAAAAAGAUUAUUAUUAUUUCUUUAUAUUUAUGAAGAAUGAAAGGAGGUGUCUGAACUUUGGGAGCUGAGUCACAUUUUACUGGUUUAAAAAAAAAUAAACAAAAAUAAAUGAGUUUCAAGAUUGUUGUCUGUCGCAUUUCAAAAAAAGCAAAACCCUGUUUCACAAAAUAUUGCCAAUUCAAUAAAUCUU